AGUUGAACCUGCCCAUCACUUUAUAGACUCGGGGCUUUCCAAUCCGGGCUCGACUGCCUGUCAUUUCAGAGAGACGCCUUCCCCGAAUAGAUCUCUUCCCUUUUUACUGAUUGCAGAAUUUGAGAGAACAUAGAUUUGAAGAGAAUGGAGGAGCAACAGCAGCAGAGACACGAUGAUACGCUCCUGGAGCGCGCAGGGAGCCAGGACGUUAUCCUCCCAAUAACAACCAACACAAGGGCCUCUAACAGCCGUGCUUUUAAGGUAGCAGGGCUCACAGUGCUGGCGUGUCUUCUCCUAGCCGGCCAGGCCCUCACAACCUACCUGGUCUUCAACCAGAGGGACCAGAUCCAUGGCAUGCAGAAGAGCAAUGACAACAUGCGCAAGCAGCUGAGAAACAGACCACCGGCUGUGGCCCCUGUCAAGAUGCAGACACCCAUGCUCAACAUGGCCCGGCUGAUCGACUUCACCGAUGAGGACGUCAAGACUCCCAUGACGAACCUGGAGGCCACUGCAGUUGCAAUUGUGAGCCUGGAGGAGCAAGUGAAGAAUCUGCUGCAGAACCCCCAGCUGCCCCAGUUCAACGAGACGUUCCUGGCCAACCUGCAGAGCCUGAAGAAACAGGUGGAGGAGACUGAGUGGGAGGGCUUUGAGACCUGGGCGCGUUAUUGGCUGCUCUUCCAGAUGGCCCAGGAGAAGCCCCCUGUUCUCCCCACACCUCAGCCAGAUGAGUAAACCACAGCUCAACCACAGCACCUGAUGGCCUUCUUCACCAAGUGUCCUCUCCUAUAUCUCACCCCUCCCCUCAAAAAAAAAAUACCAUUUUCCUUCUGUCUAUCUCACUCUUCCUUUAUCAUCAUAUAGCUAAGUUACCUGGAAGGCAAACCGAUCAAUGUUCUCUUUUGAUUUCUGGAUGAUUUGCCUUUGGACAGCAUAUAAGGCUUAAACUAUUCAAAUGUUAUCUUGUGAGCUCAGCUAUGUUAAGCAUUGCUAGAGAUAUACAUAUGAAGUGUAUGUUACAUUUUACUCCAUGCGCACAACACCCAAACUUUCCCAUCCCCAAACCCUGACCCUCUGACCCUACUCCUGUCAAUAUUUACCCCUAGUCCCUUACCUUGGUCCUCCAAACAUACCCCUCUAAUGGGGGCUAGCCCCACCUGUUUUUUUUCAUCUGCCUCUCCCCAUAGAUUGCCAUAUCGGCUUUGUUUGAAAGGCUUACUGUCUAUAUAAUAUAACAUAGAUUAACAUCUAUUUGUCCAUCUCUUUAAUGCAUGCUUUUACUAUUAUGAAUGAGGAUCUGGGGAAGUGUUUCUACCAAGAGAUGUGAACCAGACAGAAUUAAUAAAGUAUGUUGUUUCCUACUGGAA